UGAAUUUGACAUUUGACAACUAAUAAAAUAAUUUGACAUUUUACAUUGUAAUAUUCAAGUAAAAAUGUUGACUUGUGACGAUUUUUGUAAAUAAUAAAGUUAAUAUUUGCAUGUAACUUUGCGUGCAUCCUAAUACUGAGAUCUGGUUUCUGCUCCUACUAUAAAUGUAGAAAUGGCGUAUACCGAAAAGGUGUUAUUGAGUGGAACCGCUCUGUCAUUUCUAUUUUAUGAGUGUGUUAACUCGGGCAAUAGUCAGGAGGGUUUCCUAAUUGGUGAUGUGACUUCCGAAAUAACCAACCAUAUUUCUGACACCCAGAGUGAUAACACCCGCCUAGACACUCAAAUUAAUAUAAGAACGGUACUCCCUCUACCUUCUGUAUCUCUGUUUUAUUUGCCUACAGGCAGAAUAAAGGAAGACAUCCUCUCUGAUAUGUUAGCUAGCACUGCCAGUGAAAUUGUUGGUUGGUACAAAUAUAGGAAAAAUGCAAACAUCAAACCUACUUUUAGAGAUAAAUUAAUAUCAAAAGGACUUCAAAAAUACUUUGAAAAACAUCAUGGAAAGAAAAAUUUUGUCUCAUGUAAUAUAUCAAACAAGGCAUCGUCUUCUGGAUCUACACACACUUUCAUGUACAGAUUUGGGAAAAUUAAUUGUUUUGAUAUGUAUGAAUACAUUGAAGAUGUAACUGCGAAUUUAGGUGAAAAAUACACAGGAUACAAGAAAGCACAUAAGUCACCUCCACACAGUAUUUUUAGUAAGAUUGUAAAGGAUAGUAAAGUACAGGUCAACAAUACAAGUGAUGCAAUAUUAACUAUUCAAGAAGCUGUGGAUGCGAAACUGGUAAAAGAAGCUAAAAUUGCUGCAAAAAACGAAUGUACUAUCAGAGAACUUGAAGCAGAAAUUAAGCAAAUGGCUACUAUUUUAUCAGAUAAACAAUCAUUUGAAUUACAAUCAACAUACAACAAGUACAUGGAGGAAAAAGCUAUGAACAGGGAGGCUGAAAUGGCUAAAGCUUGUUUAGAAGCAUUGAAAAUUCCUUUAAAAGUAGACAUAUUAAAUGCAAAAAAUGUUCCCAGAAACUCCAAUAAUAUGGACUCUGAAGAUUCAGUGCAGUUAAUUGAGAAUGUUACUGGUUUAAGUCCUUCAUUACUACAAGCCAGCUCAUCUAAACAAGGGCUUAAUUACGCUGCUGCUUUAAAAAACAAAACUGAAACUGCAUCUACAAGCAUGAUGAAAGGUCGUGGUCUUCUAUUACUACAAAAAGCGAUGGUGGCUAAUUUACAUGAACCUGAGAACAGUGGCAUGGAGUUGGAGCCUGAUCAGAACUUAACAACGCCUUCAACGAGCACCAAAGGGAUGAACGAAAUCUCAAAAACUGUGGAGUUAGAAAAAAGUCCAUUACCGAUACAAUUACCGUCGACUUACCCCCAGGUGAGACCAUCGUACUAUAUUUCACCGGUUAACAGCGAUGGUAGCGAUUUCGAUGACUCGGAUGCGGAUCCGCAUUUCAAUUUACCUACCAAAGAGGGAACGCGCCGCCAAACUGUCACCAAUUCAAGAAAAACAUCUCGAUCCUCUAGUUCUAUUUCAAGUUUUAGCUCAUCUUCGGAUAGCUCCAGCAGCUCUUCAAGCAGUAACUCAGAAAUAGGAAAUAAUUCUGUGCCAUCUGCCGAGCUGAAUACUGCCAAUGUUUCACACAACAAUGUUGAAGCUUCCACCUCUCAACCAAAUGCUAAUCAACUUGCUGCAACUAGUGACCUUCGAAGAUGCAGGAAAAGACUACGAAAUCCUACAGCUUGGGCCUUAAAUGUUAAGAAAGCUCUGCGAAAUACUGGAAAGGCUUAUGUAAGUUCCACCAAAAAGAGAGUCCUUGAAAGAACGGUCAAACCUCCGUGUACCGACAAAUGA